AUGCUUAUUUGGCCUGAAGUUCCUCUCCCUCGUGUGGGUGAUCGUUGGACAUUCCUUUGCAUGGAUACAGGUAGAAGCUACGUCGAAAAUGUGGAAGAGUAUCGGGCGGACCUUUCGAAUAGUUUUUUCAGCACUUUGAUAACAAAUCACACUCUCAGCGUUGCUAAUUUCUUCCUUAUCAGUGCAACUCUUACGUCUUACACCUGCUCUUAUUGGUUACGCUUUUAUCGUCACAGGCUGAUCCGUCUUUGGCCGGCUUAUCUUUACUCGCUUUCGGUGCUUACUUUUCGUUCCUCAACAGCUAUAUAUCAUUCGAUUUGGAGUGCCGGUGAUCCAUAUGUGCAGUGCGUUCCACACUGGUGGCAAAAUAUCUUAUUUAUAAAUAUUUUUGGCGGUAAUGAAUGUCUCGGAUGGACGUGGUAA